CAGGAAAUGAUGCUCCAGUGUCGUCAGCAGACCGCUCAGCCCUUUUCGAUGUCAUAACAAGGCCAAUACUCAAGUACGAUGUUUCCCUCCUGCCAUCGCUUCUCUUCGCCGGCUCUCGACACCUUCGCGACGCGGUCCUGGAGUUUGCUUAUGACAAUGUGGAAGUCCAAAUAGCUAUUCCUGGGGUGUGCGGUUCCGUGAGAAGCGCGUAUCUACAUCCCUCAAGAUUUCGCAGCAUCAUCUCCUAUCCUCACCUCGCUUCGCUGGUCAAAAGACUUGAGUUCACCCACCCUUCCGUCCAAGACCUGCCUUUGGCUAAGUGGAUGCAUUCCGCUCAGAUCUCUCAGGAUGACCUUGAAUCUGAGCGCCAACUUGCCUGGAAUAGCAUUGCGGUCAUGGUUAGACUAUGCAAGAAUGUGGAGAGCAUCGAGUUCAGUCUUGGUAUAGGUUUGGGUGAGGAGAUAUGGCGAGCAAUUGCGAAGCUUGACCGUCUCACUGCACUUUCGAUACUUACGCCACCAAUUCAUCCUGCUGACAAUUCUGGCCGCAAAAGUCAAGGUCCUCGCCUCUCACCUUCCCUUCAAUUAAACCCUCAGACACACCGGUCGGAAAGCACUGCUGAGGCUCCCAAGGUUGUCGGAGAGGGGGGCUGGACGUUGGGCAGCGGCUGGGACGAUCUUGAAAUAUUGCAGUUGGCCAAUCUAUCACAAAAUGCCACCAAAACUCUAGCCACUCAUUUUCACCUUCUCAGCCAUCAGUGUGUCAUUCAGCGCCUGUAUGUUUCCACUCAUUUUUUGGACUGGCCACUUUGCGACGCCAUCACUCACAUCUCGGCAAAACUUCAUUCUCUCGAGCUCAGUACAACGGGAACGAAAUUCACUGGCCAGUGUUUGCGGACGAUCAUCGAGGGCUGUCAGAAUCUGAGAUCGCUGUAUUUGGACGAUAUUGAAGGUCGACUCGAAAAAGACACUUGGAGUACGAUUUCAACGUGGCCGCCGUAUUUGAGGUGGAUCGAGAUCCUCAUCUCUGACAGCAGCAUGCAUCAUUCAUGGGUGGUCAAUCACCUGCAGUCGAUCCACUGCAUUCCCUUCAAUCAACUGGAAGGGUUUCUCAUCACUCGGAUGCCACAUCCGAUUGCUCGCCUCCCAUUUUUGCCUCAGGGCGUCGCAAUCCAUUCUCCUGCCAUCUGUCCAGAAAUCUUACCGAAUGCUUUGUUGAAUGCCAUCAUGGAGCAUGGCCAGUGUCUACAAGAGCUUUGCCUCGAUUGGUGGGUGAUGAAUCGAGAACAACUCGAUGCGUUGGUUCGGUCGACGAGUUUGAAGGUUCUGAGGGUAUCAGUGCAGAUGUCAAUGCACGACGUGAUCGCCAUGUCAGCUGGCUUUGCCUGCUCUCCGACUCUGGAAGAGCUGUACGUCGAGAGUGCGCCCGAGUUCAACAUUGUCGGCGCGCCGACCAAGUCACUCGCUUAUGAUUACUCGAGUUACGCACUCCCCUCGGAGCUAGUGGCGAAGCUUAAGGAGCCCGAUUCGGCUCUGCCAGAUUCGCGCGAGCUGCGCAAGUUCGUGCGCAAACUUCCAAAACUUGGAUUGCUGUCUUGGACGGGAAGGCAGGGAAAAGGUGACUGGACAUUCGCAAAGAAGGGGUCCCUCGUGAACGUCUCGUUCCUCCAUGCGGCCAUCAAGACUUUGCCGACCUGGAAAGCGUGUCAAUCGACCUCUCCAAUCUAUCCUUUCGACGAAGUCCCUGUGAAUCCUGCCGCUCCUGCAUUCUUGAUGCAGCCUGUCAAAGCAAUAUCGCCCAUUGACUUCCCUCCCUUGACGCGAUCCUCAACUGUCGAUUCAGCGCUGAACAUUCCGCAGACUCCCACUUCGAAACCGGGUUCUGUGAUACCCAUUGUCCCAGACCCAACACCUGAGCAUUUCGGACGACUGGUAAUCUCAGACUCGAAGUCAUCACCGAAUGUGCGGAGGUUGGACUUGUCCAAAGACUCGAAGACUCCUUCCGGUCAAAGUAGGAGAGCCGUGAGUGAGGGUCCGAUAGUACAUGGAGCACCUCCUCGCCUACCAUCGACUUUCAAGGCACCUGUCAAGUCUGCCGUGACGCCGCCAAUAAGAGCUAGACACCGGCAUACCUCUGGCAAAGCAGCAGUCUCUCGAGUCAGAACAGGGUCAGACGCAGUCAAUGACGUCUCGCCAAAGGCCGCUCUUGUGGAGGAGUCGGUGAAGUAUGCCCCAGCUCGGAGGGCCUCUCAGGUCGUGAAGGACGGGUGGACGUUGGUUGGCAGCGCGAGAAAGAGCUCUUGAGCGCGGAGGACCAGCUAGAAGUGCACAAUAGUGCGAAGAGGGACUUGAGAGAAAACACUUACAUGCCGGUCUGUAGCAUAGUCAACAUCAUUGCUCUCAUGUAU